GCACUUCCGUUCAGGUAGUCUAUAGAUGGUUCUUAAUGAUGGUUGUUCAAUAAUUUGGUUAUAAAUUUAAUGCGGUCCUGGGAGGAGAUGGGCACAGUGCUUACCUGCUUUACCCUCUUAACCAUGAGUCAGACUGUGUCUUCCAAGAGGACCCCAGUUGGACUCUCUCUUCUAACAGCAUCUUCCUUUUGGGUUUCUCCACAUUUCCCUGCCAGGAAACCAUAGAGAUGAAGAAGCAAGAUUUUUUGCUUCAGAAUGAACAGGCAUCUGGCAAGUAUUGCCAGGCUCAGCUUGAGCAGCUUUCAGAGCCCUUGAUGGAUGAUAUUUCAAGAGGAACUUUCUCUGUGCCUGGGGGACACAACCUCUACUUAGAAGCAGUGGAAAAGUUGGAACAGUCCUAUAACCUGGUACCCAGGAAAGGAGUGAAGGCAAAUGAGGUCCUCCAGACCUUCCUGCAGUCACAGGCCGCAACAAAGGAAUCCAUCCUGCAGGCAGACCAAGCCCUCAGUGCUGAGGAGAAGGCUCUGGCAGCUGAGUGUGCCAAGAAUCGGGAAGCUGAGAAGGAACUGGAUCUACGAAGACAGAAAGAGAAGGAACAGCAGAAAAUUUUGGAGGCUCAGGAGAAAACCUUCAAGGAAAACUUAGCGCAGCUGAAGGAGAAGAUGGAGAGAGAACAGGAAAUCCGCCUGAGAGAGCAGGAAAGUAUGCUGGACCUCAAGCGCAAGAUCUCUGAAGAACUGCUUAAUGAAGGAUUUAAGGCGAAAAAUGAGGAGAUGCAGAAAGAGAUAAAUCAACUAAAAGAAGAGAAGGAAAGAAAUAAUGUCAAUAAGGCCUCCGAUAUUGCACAGAUACUUGGUAUGGCUACCACUGUGUUAGCAGCCGUACUACCUUGGCCUCUUAACAUAAUUGUUAUAGCGCCUAAAGUCAUCAGUUUAGUGGAGAUAUAUCUCAAUUUGAAUAAGUGA